UGGAAGAAGUGGAACGGAUUUUAAUGGAACCAAAGGACAGGGUGGAGAAGGUGGUAAGGGAUUUAUCCAGGGAGGGGUGGGUGGAAUAGCCAGGUUUGACAAUGUCGAUGGUGGGUUUGGUGGAGGUGGUGGAGGUGCUGGAUUUAAUGGACUGCUAGGAGGAGGAGGUGGAGGAGGAGGAGGAGGAUACUCUGGCGGAGGCAGCGGAAAUGAUAUUUAUGGUAGCUGUGGGGUUGAGGAAGAUUACAAUGAACAAGUUUUUGAGUUUGCUACUGUUCGUAAGCCUUGUGUACCGUUUGAUAGAGCUUCCUCGCUCAUCUGUUACCAUGGUCUCGUAUGCCUCGACAUGUCUUCCGAUGACUUACGAGUCAUUUAUUAUCCAACUGUGCUUCUUAGAGUACAAAUAAGGUCCAAGACGAGUAUAAAUGUCUCGCAGUAUUUGUACUUCACAGGACCGCUUAGACAGGAAAAGUACGACAACGAGACGAAGUCACUAAGGAGUGAAGUGGAACGGCGAAGGGAAAAAGUUGGAUCUCUGAAAGUAGAGAUAACGAAGUUGAAGGAACCUGAGACAGAUGACACCAUUAGUAUAAUGAGCAACAAGGUAGCCAAGCUUUGUUCUGAAAACAACGCGCUUAAAACAGCCAGGAGGAAACUAAUGGAGGAAAUGCAAAAGUUUAAGAAAGUACAAGAGAGUUCCAGAGCUAAGGAAGAUUCUGGCUGGCGACUUCCAGAGGUCUCUACAGAAGCGUUUGAAAGACAAUCAAGGAAUUCGUCUGUUCUUGGUGAAUUAUCCACAUGUAGCNGCCAUAAAGAUAUGUCGGUGGGAGUAACGAAAUAA